UCUCUAGCUCCCUCUCCCUCUCUUCCCCAGCAUUGCCCCAAGCACCUUUGUUAUGGAUUCGGACAACUGCGCCAACAUCAAAGCGGAGGAGAACGACAUUUGGCACGUCACUUUCGCCCUUCCUGCCCGUGUUUUCUUGCAGUUUUCGUCGCCUGUUUCUCAAUGUCUGAUGCUGUUUUGCGGUCCCUCUUCUUGCUGUCCAGAACGUAUUGCUCGAUUGACUUGUCAAAGACAGAUGACCUGUGUUUGGUGUACGUUCGUGUCUAUAUGCGCCUGCUAAGAGUGGAGAGCUCUAUUUAUACCAUCUAAUGAAUAUAAUCUGGAGGGCAGGUUAUCCUCUUACAUUUGUUGGCUGGACAGCUAAGGGGAGGAGCAAAAGAAAGAGGAGGGAAAAGCUUUGCAGUCAUUUCAUACUGAACGCGCUCUCUCCCCAACUACAGUGCCUUUCUUCCUUUCUCUCAUUCUUGUCCUCUCUCGCGGUCUAUUGCUCUGCUAAAUCGAGGAAACAGAAACCAUAACAGAUGUUUAAUGUUUCAUUUCUCAUCCCAGCUGAUUCCACUCUAUGUUGCCCAAACUCCCCUCUCAGUGGGUGUGUUGUUAAGUGUUUUAUGGGGUUUGAAUGUACAUGUCCUGGGUUACCUGUUGGCAGUAAUAUAAAAUUAAAACACCAGUAGAGUGCUCACAGUGGAAGCCUUCCCUUAUAUUUUCUCCAGUUAUGAGCUCUCUGCCAGCUUACACAGGAGCUAGAAUAUCUGGCUGUUGGACUCUAACAUCUGACGGCAGUGGAGGUGGUGAUGGAUCACUGGACUGUCUCCUCCCCUCAGUAAGUACUGCUCUAUCACCACGAAAAAGAACCACCAGCCAGUGUAAGUCGGAACCUCCUCUCCUCCGAACAUCUAAACGAACCAUCUACACAGCUGGUCGCCCGCCCUGGUACAAUGAACAUGGAACACAGUCCAAAGAAGCCUUUGUCAUUGGACUGUGUGGCGGCAGUGCUUCAGGAAAGACCACCGUCGCCAGAAAAAUCAUCGAAGCUCUUGAUGUUCCCUGGUUAGUACUACUCUCAAUGGACUCUUUUUACAAGGUCCUGUCCCCAGAACAGCAGAAUUUAGCUGCCAGUAACGACUAUAACUUUGACCACCCAGAUGCCUUUGACUUUGAUUUGCUGACACACACACUACGGAAGCUCAAAAAGGGCAAAAGUGUGAAAAUCCCUGUGUAUAACUUCACAACUCAUGGACGAGAGAAAGAAUGGAAAACAGUAUAUGGAGCCAGUGUUAUCAUCUUUGAGGGAAUCAUGUCCUUUGCAGAUAAAGAAGUCCUGCAGUUGCUCGACAUGAAGAUCUUUGUGGACACCGACUCCGACAUCCGCCUGGUACGUCGGCUGAGAAGGGACAUUUCAGAAAGGGGCCGAGACAUCGAGGGUGUGAUCAAGCAGUACAACAAGUUUGUCAAGCCCUCCUUUGAGCAGUACAUCGAGCCCACCAUGCGCCUGGCCGACAUUGUGGUGCCACGUGGUGGUGGCAACAUGGUGGCCAUUGAUUUAAUCGUGCAACAUGUCCACAGUCAGCUGGAGGAGAGGAAACUUCGCUGGGAUAUGGCGGCCCUGGCUUCAGCACACCAGGCCCAACCCCUCCCCCAGACCCUCAGUGUUCUAGAGAGCACGCCGCAGGUCAGGGGCAUGCACACCAUCAUCAGAAACAAAGAAACCAGUCGUGAUGAGUUCAUCUUCUACUCCAAGAGGUUGAUGCGUCUUCUGAUCGAGCGAGCGCUCUCCUUCCUCCCCUCACAGGUCCACAUAGUCCAGACCCCCCAGGGAGAGGAUUAUGAAGGCAGGACUUUCCAUGGGAAACAGAUCACAGGUGUGUCCAUCCUGCGGGCAGGAGAGACCAUGGAACCAGCUCUGAGGGCUGUCUGCAAAGACGUCCGCAUUGGCAAGAUCCUCAUCCAGACAAACCAGGACACAGGAGAACCAGAGCUACAUUACCUGCGUCUCCCUAAGGACAUUACUGAAGAUCACGUGAUUCUUAUGGACUGUACCGUGUCCACUGGAGCUGCUGCCAUGAUGGCUGUGCGGGUGCUUCUGGACCAUGAUGUUCAAGAGGACAAGAUCUUACUGGUGUCUCUACUGAUGGCAGAAAUGGGCAUCCAUUCAGUGGCCUACGCAUUCCCACAAGUUAAGAUCAUCACGACAGCUGUUGACAAGAAGGUCAACGACCUCUUCCACAUCAUACCUGGUAUAGGAAACUUUGGGGAUCGAUACUUUGGAACUGAUGCACCUCCUGACUGGAGCGAUGAAGAGACAAAUGAGCCCAGUUACUGAAAACUUUAACUGCAGCACACUUAUUUGGAUAAUUCGCGUUGAGUAAUGCAAGAGGACGAUUUGAGGACACUUUUUUCUUUUUUCUUUUUUUUUUUUUUGCAUCAGUGGGUGACAUUUUUUUUAUUAUGCAAGGAAACAAGAUGCCCUGAAUAUUGUCCGUGUUGAAAUUGGAUCAUUUACUCUUGCACAUAUGCUGUUCUUCAAAGUUAUUUUGUGAAGUCUGACAUAUUUUUAUGUGUACAGUAUAUUGAAAGUCAAAGGUUUUUUUAUUGUGAUAUUUAAAUUAUGACAAUCAUGAUGUUGUAAUUUGUUAAUAUAUUACUUUAAAAUAUAGCCUUAAGCCAGGAGAUGACACAGCUGAAUGUGAAUUUGCAUGUGGCUUAAAAAAAAGAAGUUUGUUUUUAACCUUGCACUGUACUCACAGCUUUCC